ACUCUCCCUCAACCACUGCCUCCAGCAGCAGCAGCAGCACCCCACGCAGCUAGCUCAGCUCGAUCGUCCUCUCCUUCCAUUCUCGUGCUCCCCUCCCACUCCUCCCCGUCCGUCCACCGCCGCACACCGCACAGAGGUCGCCGCAGCGGCAGGCCGGCUGAAGGAGAUGAUGAGCGGUGGUAGGCUGAACGUGACCACGUCCUCGCCGGGCGACGACUUCCCGUUCGCACCCGUGCAGCAGCAGCAGCAGCAGCCGCCUCCGCCCUACGUCGGGUUCGAGCACGGCGUGACGGGCGGCAGCGGCGGCGUGAUGCAGCGCCACCUCUACGACGGCCUCGACUUCGCCACGGCGCUGCAGUUCCAGGAGGCGGCGGCGCCCCACCACCAGCUGCUCACGCUGCCGUCCAGCCUCGCCCCCAUGGCGCCGCCGAUGCAGAUGCCGAUGCCGAUGCCGCUGCAGAUGCCGAUGCCCAUGCCCGGGAUGCCCGGCGACGUGUACCCGGCGCUCGGCAUGGUGAAGCGCGAGGGCGGCGGCGUCGGCGCGGACGGCGCCACGGCGGCCGGGAGGAUCGGGCUCAACCUCGGCCGCCGCACCUACUUCUCCCCCGGCGACAUGCUGGCCGUGGACCGGCUCCUGAUGCGGUCCCGCCUCGGCGGCGUGUUCGGAUUCGGCUUCGGCGGCGCGCACCACCAGCCCCCGCGCUGCCAGGCCGAGGGCUGCAAGGCCGACCUCUCCGGCGCCAAGCACUACCACCGCCGCCACAAGGUCUGCGAGUACCACGCCAAGGCCUCCGUCGUCGCCGCCGGCGGCAAGCAGCAGCGCUUCUGCCAGCAAUGCAGCAGGUUCCACGUGCUGACGGAGUUCGACGAGGCCAAGAGGAGCUGCCGGAAGCGGCUGGCGGAGCACAACCGCCGCCGCCGGAAGCCGGCCACCACGGCGUCGUCCAAGGACGCCGCGUCGCCGCCCGCCAAGAAGCCCAGCGGCGGCUCCAUCUCCGGCUCCUACACCACUGACAGCAAGAACCUGAGCACGACCAAGUCGACCAUGUCAUCGAACACGGGCAGCGUGAUCAGCUGCCUGGACCAGGGCAACAAGCAGCUGGCGAGGCCGACGCUGACCCUGGGCGCCUCGCCGGACAAGCAGGACCACCACCACCAGCUCAGCACCAUGCUCCAGGUUCAGGCGGCCGCGGGCGGCCACCACCAGGAGCAGCACUUCAUCACCUCGCUGCAGGUUCACAACAACGGCGGCAAUGGCGGCGGCAACAACAUCCUGUCGUGCUCGUCGGUGUGCUCCAGCGCGCUGCCGUCGGCGGCGGCCAACGGCGAGGUCUCCGACCAGAACACCAACAACGGCAACGGCAACAUGCACAAUCUGUUCGAGGUGGACUUCAUGUAGGCCGUACGCGUAGAUGCAAAGCGGGCGAGCACGGGAGUACGUUCCUUCUGGCAAAGGUGUCCUUGGUGUGUAGCCGUGUAGGUAAAAGGAAUAGGAGAGAGAGUGAGUGAGAGAGUAUGAGAGAGAAGCAAAAGGUACGAAGUGAGAGAAAAACAAAAGGAGAGAGAAGGGUAGGGAGGGGUGCAAGGAUUCCAUACAUCCAUCCGUCACACUCCACCAGUACUCAGUAGUGGCUAGCUACAGCAGGCUGGUCUAAGCAAGGCAUAGCUACCUCUUGCAAAGUUGCAUGGCUAUAGCAAAAAAGCCAUGCAAUGCAAAGCCUGGCGCUGCACUGCAUCUGCAUCCAUCCAAGCCUUUCUACCUUUCCAUUUUCAGUGGGGGAAUAACUUGUCUGCUAUUAUUUCACCCCCUUUCUUUUCCUUUCCAGUUUCUUCUUCGUUGCAACUUGCAAGGGUGACGGGGGCCGGUGUAGUGUGUGUUGUAGCUGCUGUGUACCAAACUACCAGUUGUGUUUCUUUUUACUGUCUCCAACAAGUAACAGAGAUGAGAUCGAUGACUACUUGUAGCUCCAGCAAGACAAACCUUGCAACUUGAGAAUUAAUCUUUCUGAAUCUA